GGGGGCGAGAUCACUAUCUACAAUUACCGAAUGAGUGUGGAUGCUGGCUGAAUUUAUUGCUUCUGAUACACUUACUCUCUGGGUGAUUGACUGCCUACAGAAUAGACUGUGGAAGGACCAACAGCCAGUCUUGCCUCCUUAUGCCGGGUAUGGCUCGCUUAAAUGAAUCGUCAGCUCCAACAGAGCAUGUCGAGGCCCUAAAACGACGGUUUGUGCGACAGAAUCGUGAGAUCGCUCGAGUAAACUCGAUACAGUCCCUCCGCAUUCGCAGCCUCGAAUCCGAAGUCUCUCAUCUCCUCUCAGAAAAUGUCUCGCUUCGGGAGCAAGUAAUAAGUCUUAGUCAGGAGGUAGAGAGAUAUGAGGCUGUCCGGCUACUCCAACAUGGUGUUUACGACAUCAAGACCAGACUAGACAGCAAGUUGGCGGAGCUGAACAACCUGGUGGCUGACCUAGGCGCACUUCCGCGCACAUUCUACAGCAAAUGUGCAGAGAAUUCUCAAGAUCCAAAUCAACUCCGGGCACUGUCGGAUUGGAAAGCGAAGACAACCAAUGAUGAGCUCAAUCACGGGAAAGACGAAGAGGGAAGGCUUCCUGUCAUCCUGGAAGACAAAUAUUACCCCAGAAAAACAUUAGAGCCACAAGAGCUACAAGAUUUCCGAUAUAAUACCGCCGAUAAUCUGCGAUCUCCCACCCCGGAAGAGCCUGUAGCCACGCGACCAGACACAGCGGACGACAGCUCCUUUACGAAUGAUUCUUCCGAUAUCAUAAAUGCGCAGCAGGCACCGACUUACAAUGAGCACAUGUCGGACGAAGACGAGGCAGUUUUGCCCCCUACACUUGAGACCAGGAAAAGAAAAAGGCCCAUUCCAGCAUCAAAGCAAAUGGAAAGCUCUCGCAUGGAUCACGGGGCGCCAUCGACACGGAACAACCCUGGGACUAACUUCAGCCCGGAAACCAAGCGCAAAUUUUCGGUGCAUCACGGAAAGAUAAUGGAAUCGUUAUCGAAUCACCCCGACGUUCCACGGACAAGCAUGCAGUCACCAUCACCGGUGAGAAAGAACGAGCAGUCGCUGUCGUCAGAGGCUGAUGAUAGUCCAUCGGGAGGGAAGGCCUCGCUUUUGACAGAACAGGCAAUGAGUCACAGGUCGGCAAAACGGAAAGCAUUGGAGCAUAGAAGCACAAAUAUGAACAUGACCAGCCCAACGAAAGCACGUACUACAAUGGUGCAAGAGAAGCCCCAGAAAGACACAAUGCCCUCCAUCGACGAAAAGGAUGUUCAAGUGGAGUUGUCCCCAGCGCUACUCGAGAAAGGCACAGAUCUCGAGCAGUCGAGGCAAGAGACGCCUCUACAGUAUCGGAUCCAUCAAUCCACAGAUGAACAGAAGCAUGACGAAAACACCAUGGUUGAAACCCAGUCAAAUACGCGGCGCUCCACGCUACCAGAAAUUGAGAGCGCACCGAGGAAUUUGCCUGACGUGUCUGGCCCAACGAGGCCUGCCAGGCGCCAGAGAGCCAUUGUGAGCUAUGCGGAGCCGAAUCUACGAGACAAGAUGCGGAGACCUACGAAGGAAUUGAUAGCAGCAGUUGGCGAUCAGCCAAGACGAAGCUCUAGCUCCCUCAAUGUACGGCUGGACUCGAACGAGGAUGAGGACCUGCGUAAGAAUGGGCGAUCGAAUGGACGGAGACCGCGAAACUCGGACCCCUCAGGCAAAGAACCCAAAUUACCGACGACGGAGGCAGCAGCAGCAGCAGCAGAUUUAUCUACCCAGCAAAUGAACUUAGUGUCUCAGAGGAAACGGAAGGCUUCUCCGGCAAACAAGUGCAAUAUGGCACCUGAAGGCAUUGCCGAGGGGUCUACAGAGGCAUGCCCUCAUGAAUGUGUGGCUGGGAGAAGUAAAAUUGACGAAAUGAUGGCUGCAGAUGACAAUUAUCAGAUGCAGCCGUCGCAGAUGACUGGUAAUGAAGUUACGAGGAGCGUUCCCCCUAUUGGGUGCAAGGCCAGACCUGCUACAGCUCGGAAGUCUAGACGGCAUUCUUCACAGCCCGAAUCAUCCAGAAAAGGUGAAUUCCAACCAGCAAGCAACGAUUAUAUGAGCAUAGAAAGCCAAGAUAACUCUCCAUCAGAGGCUCGUGCAGGGAAUUCCUACUCCACAAGAUCCCUUGAAGACUUCGUCAAGCUGAGCUCUCCUACACAGCAAUCAAAAGCGAGUACUAGAGCAGACUUGUCUACUUCGAGGGUGGCUGAUUCGGGACGAACUAAGCGCGGGCAACGUGCCGCAGCCGCUAUAGCUAGAAGAAAAAGCAUGAUGUUGUGAAAUAUACUUCAUAGUUGUUGAUAAGCAGAGUCUACAAUCGGUCUCCCCCCCUCCAAUAAAAUCACAGCAUUAGCAGUGCUUUCUUGCUUUGAUUUGUCCCUUCAUUCAUUCACAUCUUCUUUUCGCUUUUAGGUUCGGCUCAAGUUCCAGCGAGUCUUCUGUAAUAAGUCUGAUGUCCUGCACUAUUUUCUUUAACCACCCGGUAAUAUUUACGUGUCAUAUAGAUAACACAGCAACACCGUCCACAAAUUUCAUCUUAAAU